CGUGACGUAGGGAGGAGUGAGUCGCUGCUGCUGUUGUGGGCCCCGCGGGACGGGGGAGGGCGUGAAUGACCAAAAAAGUUCUGCGGAGCGUGUGACCCGAGAGCGUGGGCGCCUCGCCGCCGGCAGGUGAGCUGUGGGUUUACCCGGGCAAACUCCGCGUGAAGAGAACCCGCAAAGAAGGCGACGCGCUCGGGUUUUUUUUUUUCCCCCUCGGAUUCGGCGUGGUGGGCGGCCGAGGUACCGCCGAGCGGCGUUUCAGGGCGCUUAGAAGGCCCCAGAACCUCGUACGAGACUGUGGGCGCCGGCCGCGUCCAGCCCCUGCUGAGCCGAACGGUCUCAAGUUUCGGUCCGGUCGCUUGGCUUUGCGUCCGCGCUGUGGCGUCGCCUCCCCCCACCCCUUCACCCCUUUCGCUCCAGCCUUGAGAGGUCGCUGGCCUGAUGCUCGCUGGCCGGUGAAAUCGGGUACCUGAGCAGCCCCAGUUUCCAGCCGCCCGCCUUCUGGCUCCGGGAAGCGGAGGAUCCGGGACGAGCGCUGAAGGGGAUCGAGCGGAGGCAGAGCCGCUUUCUGCUUCCUCAGAGCGACGCGCUUCCCUUUACUGUACUGGGAAUGUUCCUUAUGCUGAUAUGGUAACUUCAGAGCAGCAGUCAUCACAGGUGAACAAAGGUCAAGACAAGAUGCACUGCAUUCCCUCUUCCAGUUGUCCUUAAACAAAAAAGGUUAGCCGGAACAGCCUGAUAGGGGCCCAUUUCCAGAGAGACGUGGAUGAUGCCAGAACUAUGACAGGGGCUGCAGUCUUGGCAUUGAAGGGAGGUGAUCAGUUAUGGAACAGCCAAAGGAGGAAGUACCUGAAGUCAGGGAAGAAGAGGAGGAAAAGGAAGAGACAGUGAUGGCAGUAAGUGGAACCUCAGAGCCAAAUGAAGGUCUAGGUAAUUUGGCACCAUCUGCCAGGUAUACAGAUCUUUCCCAGAGUUCUUCUCCUUCUUUGUUGGACCAACUCCAGAUGGGCUGUGCUGAGGCAAAUUCAGGAAGUCUAAAUGUGGAAUGCAGAGUCUGUGGUGACAAGGCAUCAGGGUUUCAUUAUGGGGUACAUGCAUGUGAAGGCUGUAAGGGAUUCUUUCGUCGAACAAUCCGCAUGAAGCUAGAGUAUGAGAAAUGUGAGCGGAAUUGUAAAAUUCAGAAAAAGAACCGAAACAAGUGCCAGUACUGCCGCUUUCAGAAAUGCCUUUCACUAGGCAUGUCACACAAUGCCAUUCGUUUUGGCCGCAUGCCAGAAGCUGAAAAAAGGAAGUUAGUGGCAGGACUGACAGCUACUGAAAUCAGCUGCCAGAAUCAGCAGGUGGCUGAUCUGAAAGUCUUUUCCAAGCACAUCUACAAUGCCUACUUGAAAAAUUUCAACAUGACCAAAAAGAAAGCACGAGGCAUCUUAACUGGAAAAGCCAGUAGCACCCCUCCUUUUGUGAUUCAUGACAUGGAUACCCUGUGGCAAGCCGAAAAGGGUCUGGUGUGGAAACAACUGAUAAAUGGGAUGCCACCAUACAAGGAGAUUGGUGUUCAUGUUUUUUACCGCUGCCAGUGUACAUCAGUCGAGACCGUGCGGGAGCUCACUGAAUUUGCCAAGAGCAUUCCUAGCUUCAUCAGCCUUUACCUUAACGAUCAAAUAACUCUCUUGAAAUAUGGGGUACAUGAGGCCAUCUUUGCUAUGCUUGCCUCUAUCAUGAACAAGGAUGGACUUCUGGUGGCCAAUGGCAAUGCUUUUGUGACACGUGAAUUCUUGCGCAGCUUGCGCAAGCCCUUCAGUGAAAUCAUGGAGCCCAAAUUUGAAUUUGCUGUGAAGUUCAAUGCCCUGGAGUUAGAUGACAGUGACUUGUCUCUAUUUGUAGCUGCCAUCAUCUUAUGUGGAGACCGCCCUGGCCUAAUGAAUGUUAAACAAGUGGAGGCAAUACAGGACAAUAUUCUCCAAGCUCUUGAGUUCCAUUUACAAGCUAAUCACCCAGACAUUCAAUAUCUCUUUCCUAAAUUGCUGCAAAAAAUGGCUGACUUGAGACAGUUAGUGACUGAGCAUGCACAGUUGGUGCAGAAGAUCAAAAAGACAGAGACAGAGACUUCUCUGCACCCUCUCUUACAGGAAAUCUACAAGGACAUGUAUUGAGGAGCUUAUAUUUAUCAGAUAGGUGAAAGCCAUGGAAUCCAGCAAAUGCUUGUAUAUUAGCAAAGAAAUCCUUGCGUCUUCCAUUUCUUCACUAGAAUUAUUUUUACUAGAUGAUUGGUCUAUGCUGUAUAUGGUGGUUUACAGUGGAAAAUUGGAAAUUUACCACUGGGUAUAGACCAGAGGGCUUCCGUUAACAUACACUAAAUGAAACUUAAUUUGUUGCUACAGUUCAGCUCUUAGCACUAUUUCAGAGCUGCUGAGGCAAUUUAUACGCAACCUGUAAAUUGUACUUGAAUUGUUAUAUUAGAUAAACAUGAAUUGUGCCCAAAUUAUUAUAGCAAGCAGUACCUUGAAUUGGCAGGUACAGAAAUAGCACUUCAUCAUAAUCCUGUUACAUAUUUUUAUAUUUCAAAAAUUUUGGCUGGCCCUAAGUGUAAAUUAUAGGAUACUACAAGGAAAUUAUGCGAAUAUAUAAAUUUUCCAAAGAAAUAUCCAAGUGUUGCAUGAAUAGUAUGAACACUCCUUGCAGAAAUUCUUUUACUUUAAUUUUUAACCUAAGUGCACAAAAAUAGAUUAUGUGUUCUGGCUGAAAGGCUUGUCUUCCAUGUGGGUUUUUACAUGCCUCUGCUCAUUCUAUACUGCAGAUUGUUGAAGCUCUUCAUGAAUUAGUACAGUGCUUGCUUAUUUACAUUAAAAAAUGGGCUUUCCUUCCCUCUCUGUUCAGGUUCGCCCAGUAAAGAGCUGGGUCUGAAAAAGAGUGGGAAUAGCAUUUUCUCUUGGAUGAUAGCUGCCAAAACACAUUUGCAUCCUUCAUUUCAGCUAAAGUAGCUUUAAUGUUGUCUAAACUUUGAGAAAAAAGAAUCAUCCUGAUCACCUGAGUGAUCAGGUUCACUUUUGGGGAGGGGAGAAUACAGUGUAAGAAAGAUUUUAAAAGGCAGCAGUUUUGGGGAAAUUUGGGUGAUUUAUGGAUGGUAAAUAGAGUCAAUAGUAUUUUAUUUUGUGAUCUGUGGUGCAACUUCUUAUCAUGUCCUUUCCAAGAGGAGGAUUCCUAAUAAUUGCACUUGUGUCUUUCCCACAAGCACACAAACACAUUAUACACUCUUUCAUAAUUAGUAAUUAGGAAUACAGGUAGUCCUUGACUUACAACCACAAUUGGGACCAGAAUUUCUAUUGCUAAGCAAGGCAGUUGUUCAGUGAGUCAUGCCUGAUUUUACAACUUCUUUUUUGCCACAGUUAAGUGAAUCAUUGCAAUCAGUAAGUGAAUCUGGCUUCCCUCAUUGAGUUUGCUUGUUGGAAGCUGGCUGGGAAGGUUGUAAAUGGCUGUCACAUGACCCUGGAACAGUGCCACUAUUGUAAAUGCAUGCUGGUUCCCAAGUGCCCAAAUUUUGAUCAUGUGACCAUGGGGAUGCUGUAACCGUCAUAACUGGAAGGCCUGAUCAUAAGUUAUUUCUUCAGUGUCAUUGUAACUUCAAAUGGUCACUAAAGGAAUGGUUAUAAGUCAAGGACAACUUAAUUGUUUUAUGGUAAGUUUUCUAUGUUCAGAAAGCAUUUAAAAAUUCUUUCUCAAUGGGUCUCGUCAAAAAUUCAUGACAAUUUACCGUACUUUUUGGAGUAUAAGACGCACUUAUUUCCCCCCCAAAAGAGGGUGGAAAUGUUGGUGGGCCUUAUACACCGAAUACAGCCAUUUUUGGCCUCCCAAAACCCCACCCCAUGCGUCCCAUUUUUGCAAAAGACGGACCCGUUUUUCGCAAAAACAGUGCACAGAGGCUUUGGGAGGCCUGCAGAGUGCUCCUGUGGGCUGGGGAGGGCAAAAAUGCCCCCAUUUUUGCAAAAACAGGCAACAAACGGGCCCAUUUUUAGCAAAAACAAUGCACAGAGGCUGUUUGGAGGCCUACAGGGCAAAAACUUUUUUUUCUUGCUUACCUCUUCAAAAUCUUGGUGCGUCUUAUACACCGGUGCAUCUUAUAGUCCGAAAAAUACGGUACUAUUUCCCAAGCAUUUGACUUGGGUUAUAAUACAAUUUUGGUUCCUUUUUCUUUCAUGAUUGUUCCCGCUUUAUUCCAUAGUUGUGCCAGACAACUUUUGUUAAUAUAAUUUAUCAGCAUAGAUUUUCUUUACUAUAGAAGAUUCUUAGGUGUGAGGACUUUGUCACAUUGAUGUGCCAGUAAUAAUGGAGUCAUUAUGCCUACACCAUGUUGAUACAUUGUGGAGUUUGUUGGACUUCUUUUUUUCGUAACUUCCAAUGUGUCCUGACUGAGUGCAACAUGGUGGUUGAAUGUGGUAUUAAGAGCAUUGUCAUGUAUUAUGAUAAUGUUUUUCUUGCUACAUUGUUAAGUGGAUUCUUAACUUUCAGAGAAGAAAAAUUAUUAUAAAAAGAACCAUGAAUACCAAAAAUAGUACAUGUACACGUGUACACAACAACAGAAUUUUAGAUGAUGCAAAAAUUGCUUAAAUUGGCUGGUUGUCCUGACAUUUUAGCUCAAAUCAUGUAGAUUUUCUGCUUGUUCUAUAUAAUACUUUAGGUUUUCAUUACUGGAUUUGGAUAUAGAAAUUGCAAAGAACUUUCAGUCUUAAUUCAUGACACUAAUAAGUAACAAUGUUUUCAAACUAACUUUUUUUUUAAAAGUGCUAUCAUUCUUUGGGGGAAAGGAGCAAAUGAAGCAGUGUUUAGCAAGAGCUUUACAUGGCGGAAGCCUCCAAUUCACAGUAUCAGUUAAAACAGGAGUGUCAAACUCGCGGCGUCACAUUGUCAUCAUGUGAUGUAUUGCAACUUUUUCUCCCUUCACUAAACUGGAGGUGGGCGUAGCCAGCACAUGAUGAAUCCAGCCCGUGGGCCGCAAGUUGACACCCCUGAGUUAAAAGAACCAUGAGGCAAGUGAUAAAGUUUCCACCUAUGCCACUGCCAUGGGGCGGGGUGGUGGUGGCAUUUGUCAAAAACCAGUUUGAUCUUGUACAAAUUAGCUUUCUAUGCUUUCUUUUAUGCUCUUAGCUAUUCAAGAAGGAAAAUACUACACUAUUGCUCUGUUUUGCUGAGACACAAAUAAAAAGAAAAGAUACACCUUAGGCAACAUGUACUCUUGCUUUAGCAAAAUACCAUUUUUAGCCUAACAAAGCGUAAAGUUACCAUUUAGGGAUGAGGACUAAUUUGCAAACAAGCAUGUACUUUAAGUGAAGAAAUCCCAGCUUCUGUUUAAAGGUAGGACAUCUGUAAUCACUGUAAACAGUACUGAGAUAAGGCAACUUUCUAUUUUGCCUCAUUGGUUUGAUUAUUUAGCUAUCCUACCCAAUUAAUAUUCCAUUAUGACUCAUAAUAUCUAAUUUGGUAGAUCCAGAGCUUGAGUAUCUUUUUUAAAGAAACAAAUGCUUAUUUUUUUAAAAAUAAUUAAAUGGAAAUUUGACCUGGGCAGCCAUGUUGGUUAAAUUUUAUAAUCUAGGUAAUUUACUACCAACUUUUUAACAAAAACCAGAAUGAAUUUUGCAAACUGUAGAUACUCUUGCAGCCAAAGCACAUGUUUUUGGUAAUAGACUUAUGUUUAACAACUUGCCUAAUAGAUGCAUCUAACUAGGAUUUCUGAUUAGAUUGAUGAAGCUAGUGAAAAAUGGAUUGAUAAUUUUCUCCACUUCUUUAUGUCUGUGGUUGCAGAAAGUAUCUUGUUAGAAAUACAUUUUUACAAAUAUUGAUCCUUUCUUUGCAAGCCACCCUAAAAAUCCAGACAACUAGAGACAGGUAAAAUAUGUUUUGCUGGUGGUAAUGCUUUAAAAUAUUUAAGGGACCGUGUACACAUCUAUGCAGAAAUAAAUUAUUUGAAGAUUGUUUUGCAGCCAUAAUAUUCCUCAAUUAA